AUGCCUCCUCUCCAACUCCCCGGCACCACCGUCGACACCUGGCCCCGUCUCGACGACCUCCCCAUUCCAGGGACCAUCCCCGACCUCGAGCUCUCAGAAUCCGAGCUCGAUGCCCUCUUCGCCAUCUGCACCAGGUCCCUCAUCGUCACCCAAACCGGGAUCUCGACGGGCACCGCGUCGCCGCCAACAAUGGGCCGGGAACAGGAGGUAGAUGGGUGA